AUGGGCUCUCUUAAUGUGAUGCCUAGUUACAACAAGUACUUCAACGUCACAAACCGCACCCAAGGCAUCAUGUCUGGAGCUACUUUCGCUGGAGCUCUCGUGAUUGCUCCUAUAGCGAGUAAAAUCAUUGACUGGAAAGGCCGUAAGCUCGGAAUUCGCCUUUCAGCUCUUAUGAAUAUCCUCGGUGCUGCUCUUGGUGGAGCAUCACAGAACACAGCCAUGUUCAUUGUGGCACGGGUUAUUAUCGGUAUGGGUGUCGGUAUUGCCCAAACGUCUGCCAGCAGUUACGUCUCGGAAACCACCGCUCCUCACAUACGAGCUUUUGCUCUGGGUCUUUAUUUCACAUGCUGGGCUCUCGGUUCCUUUCUCGCUGCUGGAGUCUGCCGUGGUGUGACCGGUGAGGACCGCGAGUCUGCUAGUGUUCAGGUCCAGUUCCGCGAAAUUGUCGAUACCUUCGAGUACGAGAAGCAAGUCGGUCGAGGAGUUGGCUUCCGCGAAGCGGUUCGAAUUCCUGCCAACCGGAAACGAGUGUUCCUGGCCAUGUCUGUUGCGCCGCUGUGUAUGAUGAGCGGUUCCAAUGUCAUUACAUACUACUUCGGAACUAUGCUUUCCCAAGCCGGCAUCAGCGAUGAGACUACCCAGCUGGAAAUCAAUCUUGGCCUCUCUGCAUUUCAGUUCUGUAUUGCUCUGACCGGUUCAUUGCUCGCUGAACGCCUCGGUCGGCGAUGGCUGGCUCUUAUAAGCUUGGGACUUUGCACAAUGUUUUUCUACAUGCUUGGCGGCCUCACAGCCCGAUAUGGAGAGUCUACUGACCGCGCUGGCAUCUACGGCACUGUCGUGGUUAUCUUCCUUUUCCUCGGUUCAUACUCCUUCGGCAUCACACCGCUCACCAGCAUGUAUCCUCCUGAGGUUCUUUCAUACAGUAUUCGUGCUACGGGUGCCGCCUGCUUCGCUGUCACAAACGAGAUUUGCGGUUUUUUUGUGACAAUGGUCUUCCCGUACAUGUUUUCCGGUAUUGGCUGGAAGACAUAUAUGGUAAAUGCCUCAUGGAAUGUUCUGCUUUGGAUCUACAUAUAUUUCCAGUGGGCUGAGACGAAAGGCAAGACUCUCGAGGAGAUCAGUGAAAUAUUCGACGGCGAAAAACACUCGUCUGCUCCUAAUCUGUCUGACCUCAAGGCAAAGGCGGAGGAAGUAGGCGAUGUCUCCGUGUAG